AAUGCUCCUGGUUCUCAGUUUAGAGCAGGUAUUACUUACGUUGCAAAGGAAGGUGAAACUAUCUAUGGAGCAAUGGGAAGAUAUAAUGUUUGGAAUCCUAGCACAAAACAAGACCAAUUUACUUCAGGAGAAAUGGCUGUUCAAUUUAAUGAGGAGAAUCAGACCACUGUCAUCAAAGUCGGAUGGACUGUGAAUCCCCAGCUGUACGGUGAUAACUUAACUAGAGCUUUUAUAUACUGGACAGCUGAUGGUGCUCAGAAGACUGGCUGUUAUAAUACUCAUUGUCCUGGUUUUAUUCAAGUUCAUUCCAAAAUAACUCCGGACUUACCUUUUGGUACCACAUCAAAAGUGAAUGAAACUCAGAUUACAGUUAAUUUUGAGAUUUCGAUGGAGCAAACAACAGGUGCAUGGUGGUUGGUAGCAGAAGGAAAUGUUUCGAUUGGAUAUUGGCCAAAGGAACUAGUCCCUGCAUUGGGAUCAGGAGCGGGUUAUGUCUACUGGGGUGGUCGUGCACAGGCUAGUGAUGGAGUUGGACCACCAAUGGGCAGUGGUGAACGUUCACUAUCUGUCGACGGUACUAGCGUUAACGGUUAUGUUGAACAACCUCGAUACAUAGAUAAGAAUAGCAACGCUCUACAACCAGAAACCGUUGAGGUUGAUAUGGAUUGCGUCCAGAUGUACACUGAGAGGUAUUACCAAGAAGAUAAUUACCUUCUAUUUGGAGGACCUGGUGGUGACAUUUGCUAGUUAAUCGACAUAUUACUGUGCCAGUAAUAAAAGAUAUUGAAGACAGUUGUCGGGAAAGAUAUUUAGUUGGGAGCUUCUCUGGGUUUCCUAUAAUAAGAAUCUUAUUUUGUACUUGAACAUCCGCAAGUUCUUAGUUUUCAAUAAAAUUUUAUUCUUUUACAAUUCUCCCGU